UUAUAUCCUUCUCAAUAGAAAGAUAUGAUUUACUAUCAAAUAUUUUAAAUUAAACUAAAAUUUUCAAAUAUUUUAUGGUGAAUUUGAAACUUAUAAUUUUUAAAUCAAAAAAUAAAAGCUGUAAACAAAGUGUUUAGUUAUUCGGAAAUACAUGAAUUUCACUUCUUUUGAGAUGUGGUGGGUGAAGUGAAAGUUGGAGAGUGAUAGUAUUAAUCGUUUUUAAAAGACAUGUGCUUAGUAGGAAUGAAUCAUCACGGUAAUUGGCUGCAGAUGUCACGUCACUACCUCGUUUCUCUCUAGAAGCACGUGGUUACAUUAUACAGAGUCCAUCCGUAUAAUCGAUAAAAAGGUGUCUAGCCUCAAUUGAAGUUCAGCAGAAAACCGACUGUACUGUAGCAGUAUCAUAUCACCGUAUACAUUUUGGACAUGAGACAGAUUUGGCACAUCUAGCAAUUAGUGAUGCUGAUAAAGCAAACAUUGCAGGUCAGAUAGCUAAUGGAGUUAAGUUGAUUUCAGUGGUAUUCUGGACAAGGUUUUUUUCUUUCUGGGAAUAAUGACGUAUUUUCAAAAAGAACUUAAGAACUUGGGACCAGAAAAGACUUGUGUGGACACAACUCGUGGAACAAACUGGACAAAUUUUGAUAAAGAUGAAAUUAAGCCUGUUAUUAAGGAUGCUAUUGAAACUGUGAUUGGCAACAAUAUAUAUCAACAAAAUAUGAUAGAUCAAUGGAUGAGCAACAUUCACAAGAAUAUCUUAGGUCAAUUAAUAAAAUUAAAUAAACCAUUGAAGUAUAUAGUAAUUACUGUUGUAGUACAACGUACUGGUUCAGGUCUGCACACAACUGGCUCUUGUUAUUGGGAUGAAUCAACAGAUGGUUGUUGUAUGGUAAUAUGGGAAAAUGAUACAAUUCAAUGUGUAUCUAAGGUUUAUGUUCUUGGAAUUUAAAUGUAUAAUAAAUUAAUUAGCAAAAGAAUAAAAUAUAACUUUAAUAGAAAUAAAUAUAUUAUGUAUGAAUAAAUUUGUUCUAGA